GGGCGGGGCCGGGGCGGCCACUGCUCUCCGCGGACACCAUGGCCCGCGCGGUCCCACGCCCCGGCCCCCGCCCCGAACCCGGCCCCAGCCCCAGCCAGAGCGCUGCCGACUGCGGCCCGUCGCAGCCCGCGCCCCGCGCGCAACGCCGCCGCCGCCGGAGCCGCGCCCGCCGCCCCCAGCCGCCAGCGCGCCCGCGCAGCCCCACGCCCCGCGCCGGCCGCUUGCGCCCCCAGCGGCCCCGGCCCGUUGCUCCGGGCAACCGCGGGACACAGGGCGGUGCGGCGAGGGGCAGAGGCGCAGCGCGCGCCUCGGGGCCGGUCCCGGGGGCCCCCGCGGCCAGAGGGAGGAAAGGCAAGCUGCCGGCGGCCGGAAUGGAGCCGGGGGAGAGGAAGAAGCUCCCGUCUGCCUCGUCGGAAGGAGACCGGAGAGAAGAAAAUAAGUUAAAACGAGGAAUUUCCCUUGACUCGACUUCUUCCCCCAAGUUAGACAGAUACAAAAUAGCAAAACAAUUAACGGAAAAAGCAAUCAAGGAAAAGAAGAUUUUCUCCAUCUACGGACACUACCCAGUGAUCCGGGCCAUCCUGCGGAGGAAGGGCUGGGUGGAGAAGAAGUUCCACUUUCUGCCCAAGGUCACUCUGAACGUGGGAGAUGACAGUGCAGGGACGACGGAAAAUAAACGUGCCGAAGGCAAAGAAAAUGAAAACAUGGCUUUGGAGAAAACAGACGACAUCCAUGAUGUGAUGUCCAGGUUGGUAAAGAAUGAAAUGCCGUACUUCCUCUGGACCAUCAAAAGGGACGUCAUUGACUAUCACAGCUUGAACGGUGACCAGAUGCUGAAUCACUACUGGAAGACGGGCUCCUUUACCACCAAGAUCGGGCUAUGCUUGAACAUGCGGAGCCUGCCGUGGUACGCCCAGGCCAACCCUGACUCCUUCUUCCCACGCUGUUACGGCCUCUGCACCGAGAGUGAGAAGCAAGAAUUCCUGGACGACUUCCGGCGCACAGUGGCCUCCAGCAUCCUCAAGUGGGUAGUCAGCCACCAGACCUGCGACAGGAGCAAACCCAAGAGCAGGAGGGAGGAGUCCGGUGACAGUGACCCCAGCAACAGGAAAGGUCCUGAGAACGAUGAAUCAAAGCUCAGAGGCCUCUCCGGGCAGCUUGUGGACACUGCAUGCAGAGUGUGUCAGGCCUACCUGGGGCAGCGGGAGCAUGAGGACAUCGACAUCUCCGAGGACGCCGUCCAGGACCUCACAGAGGAUGAGUGGAAGGACCUGACCCAGCAGUACUACGCCCUCGUCCAAGGCGAUGCUUUCAUCUCCAAUUCAAGAAGUCACUUUUCGCAGUGCCAGGCUCUGCUGAAUAGACUCACGUCCGUGAACCCUCAAAUAGAGAUCGACGGGCUUCGGAACAUCUGGAUCAUAAAGCCUGCAGCCAAGUCCCGGGGCCGAGAUAUAGUGUGCAUGAGCCGCGUGGAGGAAAUCCUGGAGCUGGUGGCUGCAGACCACCUCCCCACCAAGGACAACAAGUGGGUGGUGCAGAAGUACAUCGAGACGCCACUGCUCAUCUACGACACCAAGUUCGACAUCAGGCAGUGGUUCCUGGUCACCGACUGGAACCCCCUGACCAUCUGGUUCUACAAGGAGAGCUACCUGCGGUUUUCAACACAGCGCUUCUCCCUGGACAAUCUGGACAGCGCCAUCCACCUGUGCAACAACUCCAUCCAGAAGCACCUGCAGAACGACAAGGAGCGCAGCCCGCAGCUGCCCGGCCACAACAUGUGGACCAGCACCCGCUUCCAGGAGUACCUUCGCCGGCGGGGCCGCAGUGCUGUGUGGGGCAGUGUGGUGUACCCGGCCAUGAAGCGCGCCGUGGUGCACGCCAUGAGGGUGGCGCAGGCCCGCGUCGAGCCGCGCAAGAACAGCUUCGAGCUCUACGGUGCUGACUUCGUGCUGGGGCGCGACUUCCGGCCCUGGCUGAUCGAGAUCAACUCCAGCCCCACGAUGCACGCGUCCACGCCGGUCACGGCGCAGCUGUGCGCGCAGGUGCAGGAGGACACCAUCAAGGUGGUGGUGGACCGCAAGGCUGACCGCAGCUGCGACACUGGCAACUUCGAGCUGCUGUGGAGACAGCCUGCGGUGGAGCUGCCACCAUUCCACGCCUCUGACCUCUGCGUGGAAGGCGUCAGUGUGAGAAAAGCCAGGAAGCAAAUGCCGCCCAUUUCCAGCUUCAGUUGCUCAUCUUCACUCUCGGACAGUCAGCCCCUAGCAGUGAGGUGCCCCUCGGCCACGCCAGACCCGGCACCAGGACGCCCACGGACGGCCCCCCAGCAGGACUUGAAACUUAGAAAUGAAAAGGUACUUCCUUGCACCUUGCCUGCACCCUUAAAGAGGCCGGCCCAGAGAAGCCAUACCGUCCAGUCCGUCCACGCCGAGUCUGGCGGCAGGGUAGAAUUUCCCUCCUGUCAUUUUCAACACGCAGACAGUAAGGCCCUGAAAACCGGUCUUUCCAAAGCUGAGUCCAACCCACCCUCGGACUCAGACUCAUUAGAUGUGCACCCACUGCUGCCCGUGCUUCCGAGCGUGAAGACGGUGGAGGGCACUGUGGCUCAGCCGCCCAGACCACCAGAUUCUGAGUGGACGUGAGCUGGGGGACGACUGCUGAACCCCGUACGCAGGGUGCUGCGCGUGUGGCCGGAGGAGUGCACCUUGACCACGGUCACCUGCAUGGCCACUGCUCCCGUUGUUGCCAACGCCCGGCCUUGACAGAGGUCUCACGUUUGCCUCUGGAGAGGGACGGUGGUGCUUGCUUGCAUUUUUGUCCUUCCCAAUAAAAUGGCAUCUUUUGCGGUGUGA